AUGGUGAAAGAAGAAAACACGGAUGUUUCUGAAAAUCAAGAAGAACCAGAGGAGUUGAGUCCAAAAACAAAAGCAUUCGCACCGACACUCGAGAAAGAUUACAAGUUGAAAUUCGACAGAAUUCUCGGAAGUGGUUCGUACUCACGUGUAGCUCGUGCAACAUUUGGUGAUAAAAAAAUCGAAGUUGCUGCAAAAGUGAUCAAUAUCACUCCAACUCGUGAGAAAGAUGACUACAUUAAAAAGUUUCUUCCUCGUGAAAAAGAGAUUGUGAAGCUUCUGAAACAUGAUAAUAUUUGUCGUCUCUACGAGAUGAUCUCAUUUCCCGAUCACAUCAUUUUUGUCACGGAGUUCUGUGCUGGAGGUGACCUGUUGCGCAAAAUGAAAGACAUCAAAACUAUGAACGAAGAUGAGGCAAAGUUCAUGUUUAGACAAUUUAUAGCUGCGCUAACGCAUCUUCAAGCCUAUAACAUUGUUCACCGUGAUCUCAAAUGUGAAAACAUUUUCCUGGACAAAUAUGAAAAUGUGAAACUCGGUGAUUUUGGAUUCUCUCGUAUUCUGAAACCGGGUGAGAAGUCGGCAACUUUCUGUGGAUCCCGUGCGUACGUGGCUCCAGAGAUUCUGCGAGGAAGAGAGUAUUCUGGAAAUGCGGUGGAUGUCUGGAGCACUGGAGUCAUUCUCUAUAUUAUGCUCACUGGAUCUAUGCCAUUUGAUGAUCGUAAUCCGCAAAAAAUGAUUGAACGACAAUUAGCUCACAAAAUCAAAUUUCCAAAAAGUUGCACGGCAUCCACUUCAUCAAAAGCUCUAAUUCUCGAGAUUCUUCAGCCACAUGCUCCAAAUCGUCCCACUUACAAAGCGAUUUGUGAAUCUGAAUGGCUUCGUAAUCAACCGUAUUACAUGAAACCAGAUGAACCGCCGAAACCAUCAACUCCUGCUGCUCCAGUUACUCCUUCUACAACUCCUGUUACAACUGGAAAUGCUAAGCCAAAGGAUAUGAAACACACAGAUAACGGAACGGUUGAAUUACCAAAAGGAAAAAUAGUCGGAUGCUCGUGGCAAGUGAUUCGUAAACUAGGAGAAGGUGGAUGUGGAAGUGUCUAUCUUGUCAAAAAUCUCGAAGAUGAAACUGAAGCAGCAAUGAAAGCAGAAUCAAAUACAGCAACCGGUGGAUGUGUUCUGAAAUUGGAAGUUGCAAUACUCAAAAAAUUAACUGGAAAACAACAUGUCUGUCAAUUUCUUUUUGCUGCGAGGCUUCAAGAUUUUAGCUAUGUUAUAAUGACACUUCUCGGCGAAAGUUUAAAUAAAAUUGUUAAAAGAGUGGGACGUCAGAUAACAGUCUCUUCACAAGUUCGGAUCGCUGCAAAUAUCCUUUUUUGUCUCAAACAAAUCCAUGACAUCGGUUUCAUCCACCGAGAUUUGAAACCAGCCAACAUGGCACUCGGAUACAAAUCAAAUGUGGAAGAAUGCCGGUUCUUCCAUGUACUUGAUUUCGGAUUGGCUCGUCAAUUCAUUGUUGCGAAUACAGACGAACCGACCCGAUUGAUGAUGAGAAGACCACGAGAAAGAUCUCUUUUCAGAGGAACAACAAGAUAUUGUUCCAUCAGAAUGCAUGAUCGAGCGGAGCAAGGAAGAGUCGAUGAUCUCUGGAGUAUGAUAUACCUACUCGCAGAACUUCGAGGCCCUCUCCCAUGGUCUGCUCAGAAUGACAAGAGAGUUGUUGGUGAGAUGAAAAGACUUCAUUCAGAUGAAGUCGUUCUUCAAAAUAGUCCGAUGGAAUUUCUAGAGAUAGCAAGGCAUUUGAGGAGUUUGAAUUAUUUCAAUAGGCCAGAUUACCAUCGAAUCUUUCUGUUGUUGAUUUCAGUAAUGCAAAAGGGAAAGUUUCAGUGGAGUGACCCAUUCGAUUGGGAAAUGAUACCACCAAAGCCAUCUAAAUCCACAUCAGCAUCGCCGCUCCAGUUGAGUAAAGAAACGAUAAAGAAGAAUGGAGGAAGUCGUGAGAUAUUGAGCAAAGAGAAUUUUAGUAAAGAAGAUCUGAAAACUGCUCAAAAGACUGAAACAACAAGUAAAGAAAAAGCGAGUAAAGAGAAGACGAGUAGAGAGAAAGCAAGCAAUGAAUCCGCAGAAAAAAUAAGUCAUUCUGGAGAGAAAGCUGACGAAGAGAAGAAAGAACUUAUGAAACUUCUACCGUUUGAUGCUGAAUUUUUCGCCUCUGAUCCUAUUGGAUUUUGA